UGGAGUUUGAAGCGCCAGGAGGCGGACAUUGAAGUGGAGUUGUUGCGGUAACCUCUUCUGGACCUGAGAGAAAUAUCAGGCAUUCAAAUAAUCAGGAAUCAAGAUAAUCAACAAUGUCUGUUACUGAGGAAGAACUGUGUCACCAUAUGAAAGUUGUUGUUCGUGUACGCCCUGAAAAUAGAAAAGAAAAGGCAACUGGUUUCCAUAAAGUGGUCCAUGUUGUGGAUAAACAUAUUCUAGUUUUUGAUCCCAAACAAGAAGAAGUCAGUUUUUUCCAUAGAAAGAAAACUGCUAAUUUCGAUGUUACAAAGAGACAAAAUAAAGAUCUUAAAUUUGUAUUUGAUGCUGUUUUUGAUGAAACUUCAACUCAACUGGAAGUUUUUGAACACACUACCAAGCCAAUUCUUCGUAGUUUUUUGAAUGGCUAUAAUUGCACAGUACUUGCGUAUGGUGCCACUGGAGCAGGGAAGACCUACACAAUGCUAGGAUCGACUGCUGAACCUGGAGUAAUGUACCUAACAAUGUUAGAUCUUUACAAAUCCAUGGAUGAGAUUAAAGAAGAGAAAAUAUGUAGUACUGCAGUUUCUUAUCUGGAGGUUUACAAUGAACAGAUUCGUGACCUCUUGGUGAAUUCUGGUCCACUUGCUGUUCGGGAAGAUGCCCAAAAAGGAGUAGUUGUUCAGGGUCUGACAUUACACCAGCCCAAAUCCUCAGAAGAAAUUUUGCACUUAUUAGAUAGUGGAAAUAAAAACAGGACACAACAUCCCACUGAUAUGAAUGCUACAUCUUCUCGUUCUCAUGCUGUUUUCCAGAUUUAUUUGAGACAACAAGACAAAACAGCAAGCAUCAAUCAAAAUGUUCGUAUUGCCAAGAUGUCACUUAUUGACCUGGCAGGGUCUGAGCGCGCCAGUGCUACCAGUGCUAAAGGGACCAGAUUUGUAGAAGGCACAAAUAUUAAUAAAUCACUUUUAGCUCUUGGGAAUGUCAUCAAUGCCUUAGCAGAUACAAAGAAAAAGAAUCAGCAUGUUCCUUACAGAAAUAGUAAGCUUACUCGCUUGUUAAAGGAUUCUCUUGGAGGAAACUGUCAAACUAUAAUGAUAGCUGCUGUUAGUCCUUCCUCUUUAUUCUAUGAUGACACAUAUAAUACUCUUAAGUAUGCUAACCGUGCAAAGGACAUAAAAUCUUCUUUGAAGAGCAAUGUCCUUAGUCUCAACAAUCAUAUAUCUCAGUAUGUAAAGAUCUGUAAUGAGCAGAAAGCAGAGAUUUUAAUGUUAAAAGAAAAACUAAAAGUCUAUGAAGAACAGAAAACCUUUACAGAUAGAAAUGACAAAACAAAAUUAAUGAUUUCAAACCCUCAGGAAAGAGAAAUUGAAAGAUUUCAAGAAAUUCUUAACUGCUUGUUCCAGAAUCGGGAAGAAAUCAGACAAGAAUAUCUUAAGUUGGAAAUGCUACUUAAAGAAAAUGAACUUAAGUCAUUCUAUCAACAACAGUGCCAUAAGCAAAUAGAAAUGAUGUGUUCUGAAGAAAAAGUAGAAAAGGCUACUUGUAAACGAGAUCAUAGACUUGCUAUGUUGAAAACUCGUCGCUGCUACCUGGAGAAAAAGAAGGAAGAAGAGUUGAAGCGAUUUGAUGAUAAUACUAAUUGGCUUCAUCGUGUGGAAAAUGAAAUGGGACUCUUAGGUCAGAAUGGCCAUAUUCCAAAGGAACUCAAUAAAGAUCUUCAUUGUCACCAUUUACACCUCCAGAACAAAGAUUUGAAAGCACAAAUUAGACAUAUGAUAGAUCUAGCUGGCCUUCAAGAACAGCAGCACAGGCAGACUGAGGCAGUAUUGAAUGCUUUACUUCCAGUCCUAAGAAAACAGUAUUGCAGAUUGAAAGAAGCCGGCCUAUCAAAUGCUGCUCUUGAAUCUGACUUCACAGAAAUUCAACAUUUAGUAGAAAGGAAAAAAGUAGUGGUUUGGGCUGAUCAAACUAAUGAACAUCCAAACCAAAAUGAUCUAGGGAUUUCUGUUUUUAUGGCCUUUCCACAACUUGGACCAAUUCAGUCUAUUCCUUGUUGCACAUCUUCAAGUGAACCUAAUCUGCUUAAAAUUACUCCACAAAAAAGAACGCGCAGAAAAUUAAUGCCUUCUCCCUCAAAAUCAAAACAUACUCAGAAGCCUACACUAUCUGAAAGUAUGCAACUUAAUGAUUCUCUCAGCAAAGAACUUCAACCUAUUUUGUAUACUCCAGAAGACUGUAGAAAAACUUUGCAAAAUUCACCUCCAGUGGCCUUAAUAAAACCAUCAUUACAUACUAAAAGUUUUCAGGCCAGCAACUCAAAUAUAAUCAGUGAUAAUUCUCUAAAAAUGUUGUGUGAAGUAGAUAUCCCUCUUAAGCGGAAAAUAGAACAAGGACAGGAGGAUUUGGACUCUACUUUUACUAUAUGUGAAGAUACCAGGAGCUUAAAGAAUAAAUUACCCAAACAGGAAUCACUAUCAAACAAAAACACUUUACAAAGACUUGACCCUUCUUCAUUCUCAGCUAAGAAUGCUGUGCCUAUAUCAAGUAUAAUGCCCUCCUACAUGGCAAUGACUGCUGCUGCCAAAAAGAAACAGAAACUAAUAAGUUCUACAUCAAAUACUCCAUUAACUGCUGAAGAAAAUCAUGGGUUUGCCAAGCGCAUUCGACAAGAUAAUUCAAGUGAUAAGCUCUCACAAGAACACAGACCAACAAUGGGGUAUAAAAGAAACAUCUAUAAAGUCAAGUCAAGCAUGGUUAGAAAAUUUGGAAGAAACAUUUCAAAAGAAAAUCUAAGAUAAGUCACUUUGAAAUCAAGGGAAAUGAAAUUACAUCUAUUUUUGUGUUUGUCAGCAUCCUUUAAAAUGUACUUAAAAUCUUUGAAAGAAACCCAUCUAUAUAGCUGUUUACUCAGAUAUCUUCAAGCAAAAAAAUGAAACUGUUUUCUUGUUUUAUACUUUAAGUAAAUAUAAAAUGUCAACAGAAAAGGUUAUGUUUAGUUUUUUUAAAUAGUUGUUAUUCUUUAAAAUCCCUAAAUCAGUAUGGUGGCAGUUUAGUUCUAUGCUACAAGUUGAUUAGAACAUUUUAGAAAACAAUAGAGAGUUAAUUAUUCUUAUUGUUUUUUGAAAGUAAGGCAAAUUUAGAAGUAAUAAAUUAUGGUCCAAGAUGUAUUUGGUCUUCUAUUAUGUUUUAUACAUUAUUUUACUUAUACAUGACUUUUUUCCCGAAAAUACUUUGUACAAAUGUAGAUAUUUGUGCUGCUAAGGUUGUUGUAAAUAGUAUUUAAAUGGUCAUUGUGAAUUAAAUAUUUUUAUUG